AUAAAAUAGAAUUCGACCUCAUUGGUUUGUUUAUACUUGAGUGUUAGUAAGGUUACCAUUUAAUGUUUGGGUUGUAGAACUAAAUAAUAUGAAUUUCAUUAGCUGUAUUCGUUUAAUUAUCAAACCUCAUAUAUUCUAUGAGACAAUUUCGUUUAGAUAUUCAUUAUUGGAUAACUUUUGAUUUAACAUUAAUAUGAGGAUCAGAUCCACCAAAACUGUAACGGUUGUUAUAAUUUUAUUAAACAUCGUGGCAUUUUAUUUUUUAUGUGAUUUAUUAGGUCAGAAUAAAGGUCCUAAUAUUGAAAAUCGAAAUAAUUUUGUGGCUGAAGAGCCUGUUAGUGAACACAGUCUAAAAAGCAUUGAUGAUAUAAUUCAACAUUCAAUCACUAUUAUUUUCAGAGAAUUUGAGUACUUUGAAAAUGAUGUUCCAAAUACCAUAAGAUCAAUAACAUCAACAUACCCAAAUAUUAAUAUCUUAGUGGUGUCAAAUGGCCCUCCUUACCCUCCUCUAUUUUUCAAUUCUUCAAAUCACUUGUUCCAUAAUGUAAAGCAAGUAUAUUUACAAUUAAGUCUAAAUAAUUCAUUCAAAGCCCGGACUCCGCUUUAUCAAAUUAACACUAGUUAUGUUUUAUUCAUGCCUGAUUCUGCACGAAUUCAUACUAAGAAAACAAUAGAAAAAAUGUUUAAAAUAAUUCAUUAUCAGGACAGGUCAGUAGUUGCUGCAACAUUUAAGGCAUCAAAACCAGUAAUCUGUUUAAAUACACAUAUCAAUUUAAGAGAGUGGGUUAUUCAGUUUGAAGAUUCUAGUGAUCAUUCAUGUGAAUUUGUCAAAGGGAAGCAUGCUAUGCUUUUUAAAACUGAUAUUCUUAAAGAGUUGACUGAUUCAUUCAUGCUUCCAUUCCCUGAUGCAUUUUACAUUCAAGCUGCUGCAAAAGGAGUGAAGACUUAUCUCAUGCACGAGUUUCCUUUUGGAAAUGGAAAAGAACUUUAUAGAAAUCCUCAUAAUCAGUGGAAAGCUCAGCAAUUAGAAAAGGAUAGAACACAUCAUAUGUUUCGGAGUCUGGGAUUGAAGAAAGUUAUUAGAGAGAGUGGACUUGUAGAAUGGUAUGGUUGUCGAAGAGAUACUCCUCGAUGCUUUGGUACAGUAGUUGAUGAUACUCCUCAAUAUCUUUGGGAAGGCAAAUGGACCCCUCCAUGCUGCCUGGCUGGCUUAAGGAGAACAGCUAGACAUGUAUUUCAACAAUUAGAACAAUGUCAGGCACGAUAUUGGUUAGAAGGUGGCAGCCUGCUUGGGGCUAUCAGAAAUGGAGAUAUUCUGUCAUGGGAUUAUGAUGUAGAUAUUGGUAUAUAUAAAGAAGACAUAAACCGAUGUACUUGGCUUUUAAGGGCUAAAACAAAAACUACUACUGAUGAGCAAGGUUUCAUUUGGGAAAAGGCUAUAGAAGGUGAUUUUUUUAGAGUUCAUUUUAGCCAUAUAAAUCACCUUCAUGUUGAUAUAUUUCCUUUUUAUUCAAGAAAUGGAACCAUGACAAAAGACACUUGGUUCAAGUCCCAUAGGCAAGAUAUGGAGUUUCCCGAGUAUUAUCUAAAGCCAUUGUCAAGCAUUGAUUUUGUUGGUAGAUCUGUUUCUGCCCCAAAUAAUAUUCAUGAUUUCUUAGAACUAAAGUUCGGGGAAGGAGCUAUUGAAAAUCCUGUUUUUCCUAAUCCACAGAAAAUGGCUGGAUUGGGCUACAAAAUUGUACCUGAUAAGAACUGAAGUUCUCUACACAUAUAUGUAUGAGGAAUAAUAAUCUACCAUUGUAAUUAUCUGUCUAUCUACCUCAUAAAAUCCAAUAUUGUACUACUAUUAUUAUUAAUUAAAGACAAUAUGUUUCUUACAAGCAAAGUUAA